ACUUUUUCCUCUCUCCCCGGCGGCUGAGCCCAACGCGGCGCCUGGCAGCGGGGCGGGACACGUGCGUUUGUUGACACUUCCCGCCGCCCGCACCCCGCCCACCCUGGGACUGCUGUGGGAGCUGCCAACAGCUGGCCUUUUGGACCCCUGCCCUGCCCAGUCCAGUCCUGGCGGCCGGAGGUGAUGAGUGGAGGGAAGGAGGAGCCGCUGGGCCUGUCAGACGAGGCGGCCCUCCUGCAGCAGAACGGGGACCUGGCGCAGUGUGUGGCCAGGCUGAGGCUGCUGCAGCGACGCCUCACGGAGACUGACAGAUGGCAGCUGAGCCCCUCUGUGCUGUGGGGCCUGUGUGGCAUCAUCCAAGGGGAGGCGGGGAAAUGGGGGGCUGAGGGGGCCGGCCAGCCAGCCGUCAGCAGCCUCAAGGUGGUGUCGGGCGCCCUCUGCUGCCUCAGGAAUGCCUUGCCAAACUGUGCCAGGAACCAGCUGAUGCUGGCAGAGACUGAGGAGCUCCUGAAGUCCAUCCUGUCCUGCAUCCAGUGGACCUUCAAGGCACCAGAGGCAGCUCACACAUCCGCAGAACCUUCCCCUGAUGGCCGUGCUGUGGAGGCGGAGGAGGGGGAGGGGAGCGCUGAGUCUGAGUGGAGGACGGCACACCACACCCUCGCCUCCUCCUGCGUCACAUGUCUCGGCAACCUGGUGGCGGCGAACUCCAAAACAAGGCGGAUUGUCUGGCCGUACUUCAAGCUGCUGCUAGAAGACGUGCUGUUGUUCCCGGACAAGGAGGUGGCUCAGGCGGCCUGCAUGAUCCUGCACAACUGUCUCCUGGAAGCUGAUCUCAAGGAGGAACUCUGCAUGUCAUCUUUGGGUCAGCAGGUUCUCACACAUCUGCUGACACUUUAUGAGACAGAGACCAAAUUCUCCUGCUUCGUGCUGCUGUCCCUGGAGGUGCUGCUGGCCGGGAGGGAGGUCCUGGCGGGGGCUUGGGGCGGCCUGUCAGAGGGUCACCAGCGUCUUGUACUCGAGGUGGUGGAAGCGAGGCUAACACACAGCGCUGCCCCUCAUGCCGCUGCCGAUGUGCCCCCAAGCCUUGAGUUCUUGGUGGCCGAGUUCAAGAGUAAAGCAGACUGCAUACUGAGGACACACGCUGACACUGACUGGAUGAACCCUGGCUCGGCUCAGGUGUUGGCACGGCUGGGGACCUUCGUGUGUGCCUCAGCCGCCUCUGACACCUGGCGCCAGACCCUGCAGCGAGACAGAAGCCUCCUUGUGACCAGUGUGGCAUUACUGAGGUGCAUAAGUGACAUAGGGAAGAUGGGGGGGAACUCCUUCACGCCCCUCGACCGGCUCUCGGACCUAAGCGACGAGGAGCAGAUGGCGCGCGCAGAGGGUCACCCGGCGUUCGGCUUCAAGUGUGACCUGAUCCGCCUCAUCGCCAGCCUCGUCUAUCGCAACUCUGCCAAUCAAGACCUGGUCAGGGAAAUGGACGGGUUGCUGCUAGUACUUGAGAGCUCCAAGUUUGACGCCAGGAACCCGCUGAUCAAGGAAGCAUCAAUCUUUGCCCUGCGGAACCUGCUCGAGGGGAACAUAGAGAACCAGCAGAGGAUCAAGGAGCUACGGAUGGAGGGGGUGGUGGAGAGCCCCGGCCUGGCGGAGCUGGGGAUGGAGGCGGUGGAGGAGGGGGGCAAGGUUAAGUUACUUCAGCGCCCCCGGUCGUCAUCCUCCCCUCCUCCAGAACUUUGACCAGGGGUGAGCCAGAGCUGGUGUCGUGUUCCUAGCUGUCCCCCUAUUCCUGGCUAUCUUUUAUUCGUAAACAAAGGGGGACAGUCAGGAACAGAGGGCAGCUAGGAACAUGACAUCGGCACAAUGGCUGGAUGACCACUCUGUAGGAAUGAUAAACCACUAAUAAAAGGCACAUGAGAAAGGAAU